AUGGAUUACUCGACGAGGACCAAAGAAUGCGAUCUAAAUCUAGAUUUAAAGUCUGCUCUGGAUAAUGACAGUUUUAUAAUUACUCCGGACCCAAACCUGGUUAUUGCAAAACACGGUGCUGUCGCAUCUGAAAUUGCAAAUUGUUCGCAACAUGGUGUUGACAUUUUGAAAGAAGGAGGAAAUGCAAUUGAUGCGGCAAUAACUAGCAUGCUAUGUGUUGGCUCUAUUGAUACAUUUGCUUCUGGAAUUGGAGGGUUGCCAAAUGGUUACUAUGAAAUAAUCGAUUUCAGAGAGACUGCUCCACUUGCUGCUAAAAAGGAUAUGUUUGUUGAUAAACAAGUUUUUGCCUCUGUUGGUGGUUUGAGUAUUGGUGUACCUGGUGAAAUUGCAGGAAUGAAACUUGCACAUAAAAAGUAUGGUAAACUACCGUGGAAGCGCCUUUUCGAACCUAUAAUUAAUAUGUGCCGCAAUGGAUUUCCCGUGACGCCAGAACUGGGACUUCGAUUAAGAUUGUUUCGUGAGAUAGUUGUAAAUAAUCCACAAUUAUCUGAAAUCUAUGCUCCAAAUGGCAUCCUGUUAAAAGAAGGUCAAAUUCUUUAUCGAACUAAGUACGCUAAGACUCUAGAAACUAUCGCUAACAAUCACACUGAAUUCUAUAGGGGUUCAAUCGCAAAGUCAAUGAUAAAAAGAGUCAAAGCUACUGGUGGCAUUAUGACUCUCAAGGAUUUAGAAAAUUACCGUCCCAUCGUGCGUGAACCUCUCGUUGGAUUUUAUCAUGAUCGAAAGAAUGAAACGUUCGAUCCCGAUUAUUAUAAUCCAGUAUCUGAACCUGUAGACGAUCAUGGAACGUCACAUUUGUCUGUUGUUGAUGCAGAUGAUAUGGCUGUCUCUGUUACUUCUUCAGUUAACAGGAUAUGGGGAUCACAAGUAAUGGAUCCUGAUACAGAAAUUCUAUUUAAUGACCAAAUGGAUGACUUUUCAAUACCUGGCACGCCAGAUAUAUUUGAUUUACCACCAUCUCCUUACAAUUUUAUUGGACCUGGAAAAAGACCACUUUCAUCAAUGGCUCCAACAAUAAUUGAAAAAAACGGAAGAUUUGAGUUGGCAAUUGGUGCAAGUGGAGGAAAAAAAAUAAUUUCAUCUAUAUUACAG